AAAGGCAACAUCUACUGAGCCUCGUUCUUGAGUUUUCUGUAAUCUCUUCACACUACUAUUAUAAAGUUGUUUCUAGCAUUUCUCUCCCUACUACAACUUCAAAAACAAGAAAUGUCUUUGGAGGAGCCAACGGCAGUUGGUGAUGAGUUCCUGAAGCCGAAGUUAACAGUGGUAGAUUACACUAUCUUCAGCAUCAUGUUGGUCACGUCGGUGGGUCUCGGUGUGUACGGAGCUCACAAGAGUCGGGCAGCAGCUCGUCACUGGACUACUUACUGGGAGGCAGAACCAUGUCACCAAUACCAAUAGCAUUCUCUCUCAUUGGAGGCAUCAUAUCUGCAGUAUCUAUACUAGGUUACUCUUCUGAGGCGUACUUCUUCGGGACACAGCUCACCAUCAGUGUGUUAGGAAUCAUCUUGGGCUCCAUUUUUGUUUACAAAGUGACGCUACCAGUCUUCUUCAAUCUCCGACUAGUUUCUCUUAAUGAGUAUAUUGCACUCGUUCUUUACGCACCCUCACUCGUUCUGAACGCCUUCACGAACCUCUCUUCUACCAUCUCGGUGGUUCUGAUGGGUCUUAUCUGCACCUUCUAUGUCACCAUUGGAGGCGUGAAGGCGGUAGUGUACACUGACGUGCUGCAGACAUCUGUUAUGUUCCUGGGAGUGGCUGUGGUGGUAGUGAUCUCCUGCGUCGACCUGGGAGGUGCGGGAGCAGUCUGGAACAAGGCGCUUCAAGGAUCUAGGGUAGAAUUCUUCAAUCUCGACCCCAGCCCACUGAUUCGUCAUACCUUUUGGUCGUCAGCAGCAAUGGGCCUCCACUUAUGCCUAUAUACGCUGGCUUUCAGCCAGUCAUCUUUCCAGAGGCUUGUGUCUGUCAGUAACCUUCAAACAUCAAAGAGGCUGUGCGUCGCCUUUGGUGUGGGAGUGAGCUGUUUCUUUCUGCUCUUUUACUAUGCUGGUUUAGUAGCAUAUGCCACCUACAUGGAGUGUGACCCGCUUACCUCUGGAAGAAUCACCAUACCAGACCAGAUCCUGCCGUUGUUAGUGAUGGACAAGAUGAAUCACCUCACUGGGCUGUGUGGACUCUUCGUGGCUGCUGUCUAUGGUGGUGUACUUAGCAGUGUGUCAAGUGCUGGGAACUCAGCUGCCUGCUUACUCUGGGAGGAUGUCAUUAAGUUCCUUCCAUACUUCAGGAACAUUGAUGAUCAAGGAGCAACAAAACCUCUGAAAGUCAUUACGCUGAUAAUUGGGCUAAUUGGCACCGGCGUAGGAAUACUGAUGGAAAAGUUGGGAGGUGUGCUGCAAGUGGUGGUUAUGUUCAGUGGGAUCAUAUGUGGACCGCUAAAUGGCAUUUUUCUUGCUGGCAUCUUGACCCCGUGGGUCAACGCCAAGGGCGCCAUGGCUGGAGGACUCACCGCAUUUGUUUUGAGUGCGUGGGUAGUUGCAGGCAAUUAUAUGUAUGGAUCAGCGCCACGGUACCUGCCAUUAUCUACCUCGGGUUGUCCUGUAAACCUGGCUUCUCUUGACAACUUCACUGUUAUCUCCUUCAGUGGUCAGUGAACAUCAUCUAUGAGUUAUCUUAUUGCUACAUUGGAAUGAUGGCAGUAGUUAUAACUCUCAUAGUCAGCAACGUUGUCUCCUUCUGCACAGGUGCACUGAGUCCCAGCUGCCUUGUCCCCGGAGCUGUGAGUCCUUCCUGUGGACGUCUUCACAGGUGGUUGUGGAGUAUCUUCAACAGUUCCCACACACACACAAACAACGUUGCUCACAAAGAAGACAACGAACUCCAGCAAGAUAAAGCUUAAUUAAGUGAGGAAUUUAUC